UUCGGGUUUAUUCCGUGAAUUAUCAUUAAUUAAAUUUUAUUGAUUAAAACGUUAGGGAUGCUGGCCUGGAGUACCGAAACCAAGAGACGGGCGGAUGACGUAGCAACCGCAGCGAAGAAGAAGGCAGAGGACGCCGAGAAGGCACUACACAGCCGCCUCCGACAGUUGGAGCAUCGACCCGUCGCCGCCCCCGAUGCCAGCUCUUCCAACACCUCCGAUCGCCUCAAGGCAUUGGAGACGGACGUCGGCUCCCUCAAGGACGGCAUGCAGUUACAGCAAACCGCAACACAACAGUUGGAGCAGCGGAUCUAUACUGUCGCCAACCACUCGAGCUCGGAACCGCGCGAGACAACUCCAAAGUUCGACGGGCAGGAGAUCUUCUGCGACUCGACGAAGACAGAUCCGAUUUCAUGGUUCCGCAAGUUCGAGCUCAUGCUGCAGCUACACUACGUCAAAGAACACAAGCACCACGCGUACUUAUACUCCCGGUCGGGGGGCGCGUGCCAAGCAUGGUUGGACAAUCUCUUGUCCAAGUACGGAGUAGUAGCUGCCAACUUGCAUACCAAGAUCAACUGGGAUGAUCUGAAGGCGGCGUGGCAUAAGCGGUUCCAGGUAGAGCCGCCAGAGAUCAAGGCGAUGGACAAGCUGAUGGUCUUUGAACAAGGCACGCUGCCGAGUGUCGACUGGAUUGCCGAGUACCAACGCUUGACAUCCGUCCCAGACAUCCAAAUGGGCUUCAAAGCCAUCCGCCACUAUUUUAUCUCAAGGUCGUGUCCGACAUUGAGCAAUGCCUUGACUCACGUUGAGGACACCCUGACGACAACGGCGGAACUCUUUGACAAGGCCGCGCAGAUUAUUAUCACGAACGAGGAGGCUAAGAACCUGCGUUCAUCUGCGGCAGGCCCGAGCAGAGAUCAGCAUCGGCCGAAAGUGCCCGUGGUUGCGGCGACAACGCCGUUUGACCAAACUAGCGAGGUCGUGUCUGCCAAUGAAGGGGACAAACUUGCAGCCGCCCGGGAAGGUGGCCGCCCAGGCAAAGGCCGAGGACGUGGCAAGGCGAAGACAAACACCGCAUCUAGCCCCGGGCCCGACGCAGCAGCUCCAGCCCCAUGUGGCCUGCCAAUCAAAAGGCAAGGGCAAAUCGGGAAACUGAGCACCGCCGGGAGUGACUCCACGACACUCUCGACGCCUUUGGAACCGGUCACUUUGCGGGUGACGGCCCUUUGUUCCGAGGCCCACGUGGAAGUCGAUAGUCCUCCUCUUCUUUAUUCUUUUGAGGACUAUGCUGCCCGGCUCGUUCCUACGCUGCGUACUCAAGCUCAAGGACAAGACGUGUGUGCGCCAUCUUCUCCGUCCGACAACGGCGAGUUAUCGUCUUCAAGUGGUUCUUCAAGGGAUUCCGCGCGCGAGUUCAACAUAGAGGUAUUGGACCCGCUCACGUCCGGGGAUUUCGCAUGGCUUCCUCUCCCGACCACGGGCCGCUUGCCGGGACCGCACUGCGCAGCACUUUGCGCUCGUCUUCACAUGUACUUAUCCUUCUAUGCACCACCAACUUCGCCGACGGAUGACGAAGUCGUGGUGGGGGACAUCCUUGCGUAUGUUACAAAGGUGGCCCUCGAGUUUCGCAAUCAACAGUACGACGACAACAACGCACCGCUCCUCGAUGUCCGCAUCCAAGUUGGACAAGCGUCCUGCAGCGCUUUGCUGGAUAGCGGUGCGUCUCGCAAUUUUAUGAGCCAAGCCUUUAUGCAAAGGGCUGGCCUUGGUGCACAAGUUCGAAGGAAGGCAAACCCGACGGCGAUCAAGUUGGCGGACGGAAGGACGCAGCAACUUAUCGACCGAUAUAUCGAGGCCGUACUGGUGUAUUUCGCACCUCAUGCAUGCGAACCGGUAACAUUUGACAUUUUGGAUACGGACUUCGACAUUGUUUCGGGAAUGCCUUGGCUUGCAAGUGCGGAUCACACGGUCAUCUUCCACCGGCGGACUCUUACCGUUCGCGACGCCUUCGGCGCCGAAACCGUCGCGGUAGCUGACUCUUCACCCACGGACUUGUCUUCGGACCACCGUGUGGUGCGGUUGCUUGACGAGUUCGCCGACAUCUUCGAGUCACCUACCGGUGUGGUGCCGGAUCGGCCGAUCUCUCACGAGAUCAUUCUUGAGGUCGGUGUCGUGCCGCCGAAAGGUUGCAUUUAUCGCAUGAGCGAGGAGGAGCUUACGGUCCUUCGCGCGCAACUCGAUGCUUUGUUGGACAAGGGUUGGAUCCGCCCUAGUAGCUCUCCAUACGGAGUUCUCUUCGUACGGAAGAAGAACAAAGAUCUACGAUUGUGCAUCGACUACCUCAAGCUCAACACGCAAACCGUCAAGAAUGCGGGGCCUCUUCCUCGCAUCGACGAUCUUCUUGAGCGAUUGGGCGGCACGAAGUAUUUUUAUAAGUUGGAUUUGAAGUCGGGAUAUCAUCAAAUCUCGAUCCGACCGAACGAUCGUUACAAAUCUGUGUUCAAGACGCAGUAUGGGCAUUUUGAGUGGGUGGUAAUGCCUUUUGGCCUCACCAACGCCCUGGCGACCUUUCAGGCGGCAAUGACCAACGAGUUUCGUACGAUGUUGGACCGGUUCGUCCUAGUCUACUUAGACAAUAUUCUCGUCCAUAGCCGGUCAUUGGAGGAUCAUCUUGAGCACCUUCGACGAGUGUUGGAGACGCUCCGCCGCGCCAAGUACAAGGCCAACCGUGACAAGUGCAAAUUUGUUAGGCAAGAGCUGGAAUACUUGGGCCAUUUUGUCACACCGGAGGGCAUCAGUCCGCUAUCAGACAAGAUUCAAGCCAUCCAAGAGUGGCGGAGCCACGGAACAUCACGGAUUAUUUCAGCAAGAAAGUGCCCGUCGUGCACUCCAUUGGCGACGCACGCAAGAAGGAACUCCUCGCCUUCGUCCACGUGCUCAAGCGGUGGUGGCACUUCCUCCUUGGUCGAAGCCAAUUCCGAUGAUCCGUUGGUCUUUUACAAGACCCAAGACACCGUCAACAGCACCAUCACUCGAUGGAUGGCUUUUAUCGACCAGUUCAACUUCUUUCCCGAUCACAUUCCGGGGAAGUCGAACCGUUUUGCGGAUGCUCUUUCAUGGCGUCCGGAUCAUUGUACCGCGGUCUAUUCAACCUUCAAGAUCGACAACGACCUGCGGGACAGCUUCAUCCGCGGCUACCAAGCCGACCCGGAGUUUCACGACAAGUACGCGAAUUGCUCCUCUCCUAAUCCGGCGCCUUCUCACUACCGGAUCCAAGAGGGGUACUUGCUUGUCCACACACGGCGGAAGGACCUUCUUUGCGUACUGAGUGACCCUCACUUGCGUACAUGGCUUUUUGGCGAGUUCCACGAUGCUCCCGCCACCGGACACUUUGGAGUCAAUCGCGCGAUUGGCCGACUUCGCGAGCGAUUUUGGUGGCCCGGCCUUCCUGUCGACGUCACACGCUAUUGCGAGUCAUGCGAGGUUUGCCGACGCUGCAAAUCCCGCAACCAUCGUCCAUACGGCGAGUUGCGACCAUUACCGGUCCCCUUGCGGCGAAGGGAAGCGAUUGUCAUGGACAUUACCGGCCCGUUCCCCAAGCACAAGACCGGCGUGGAUGGGAUUCUCACGGUGGUCGACCGACUCACCAAGUUCGCCAUGUUUUUGCCUUGCCGCUAUCAUGCCAAGGCACCGGAGUUGGUCGAGGUUGUUUACGCCGGUUGGAUUCGAACCAAGGGUUACCCCAAGGAAAUCGUCUGCGACCGCGACACUCGGUUCAUGUCCGAUUUUUGGUUGGCGCUCAUCAAGCGAUGGGGCUCAUCUCUCAAGCCCUGUUCAGCUCGCCACCUCAAGACCGAUGGCCAAACGGAGAGGGCGCACCAGACCGCACAGGUUCUCCUUCGCACUCUCAUCCAUCCUGACCAGAAGGAUUGGGUUGAGCGGCUGCCGGAUGUUAAGUUGGCCUACAACUCCUCCAUCCACCUGGCUAUUGGGAUGUCACCCUUCGAAUUCGAGCACGGCUCGCCGGUCACUUCUCCGUUGGACACCAUCAUUCCACGAGCGACGACCAUUUUUUGUUCUUACGUCGAAUGCAAGAGCUUCUUGUCAAGGCACGCAACCAGAUGGCUAAGACGCAGCAACGCAUGAGCCAGCAGGCCAAUUGCCAGCGUCUCCCUUGCCCAUUCCGUGCCGGCGACCUCGUUUGGGUUUCCGCUGUGGAAUUCAGCCUUGAACAA